AUGCUGUAUAUCGUGGGCCUCGGCCUCGGCGACGAGCGCGACAUCACGGUGCGGGGGCUCGACGCCGUCCGCAGCUGCUCCAAGGUAUACAUGGAGGCAUACACCUCCCUCCUCUCCCUCGGCCUCGACCCGGCCGCGCUCGCCAACCUGGAGAAGCUGUACGGGAAGGAGAUAACGGUCGCCGAUCGGGAGAUGGUGGAGGAGCGCGUGGACCAGGUGCUGAACGAGGCUGCAGACACCGACGUCGCCUUCCUUGUUGUCGGUGACCCGUUCGGGGCAACUACACAUACUGAUCUGGUUGUUCGUGCCAAGAAAAUGGGGGUAGAGGUGAAGGUCAUCCACAAUGCAUCUGUCAUGAAUGCAAUUGGAGUUUGUGGGCUGCAACUUUACCGCUAUGGAGAGACUAUCUCAAUACCAUUCUUCACAGACGAAUGGAGACCAGAUAGUUUCUAUGAGAAGAUUCAGAACAAUCGCAAGCUUGGGCUGCACACACUUUGCCUGCUUGAUAUCCGUGUUAAGGAGCCAACAUGGGAAUCUUUAGCCAGAGGAAAGAAAGUCUAUGAACCACCAAGAUUCAUGACUGUAAACACUGCAAUAAGUCAGCUUUUUGAGUCUUACUAUGAUAUCAGAUUUAAAGAUCAUUUUCUUCCAGCAUAUGGCAGGGAUACAUUGUGCAUAGGAGUGGCGCGACUUGGAAGUGAUGAUCAGAAGAUCGUUGCUGGGCCUAUGGAGAAGCUACUAGAUGUUGAUUUUGGCCCACCCCUUCACUGCCUGAUCAUAGUGGGAGAGACUCAUCCUUUGGAAGAAGAGAUGCUAGAGUUUUACAUGAUCAAGUAG